UAAGGGCGAGCGGAACAGAUGCUGCGCACUAAUCACAACACCAGUAGCAGCAUCUUUGGCGCAGCCGCCACCAGCGGCCACCUUGAGUCACAACAACUUGCCGUACACCAACAACAUCAGCAAGCCCUACAUCAACGAAGAAGUUACCUCAAAACAAAUAGUAACUAUGCAACAAGCAGCAGCGCCAACAAUAGCAUUGCACCGAAAUUAUCCGCCGCACAACAACAACAACUACUACAAGGUCAACUGCCGUCUCCAGAGCUACAAGAGGAUUCGUCCAACAUAACGUCCGACCUGAAUGAGGAACAACUAAUGCAACAAGCACAUCAACAACAACAACAGCAGCUAUAUAACAACUAUCAACAAUAUGCGGCAGCGGCUACCUAUCGCAACUGGAACCACAGUUUGACGUUGAACGGCGCGGCGGCAUUACAAAACCUGCUUUAGCAAAGAAACGGUAUGUAAACCAGUGUAGACGCAAGUAGGCGGCAAGAAAUUCUUUGGUCUGCGCAAUAAUAAAAACUAAACAAAAGCGAGCCUUUGUCUGGCCAAAGUUGGGUACGCAGUAGCGGCUACCGCGCGCACGAAAGCGUGUACCAUUCGAACACAUUGCCGGUCCGUAGAGUUCAAUUAGCAUUUGGCUCGAAUGAGUCUGAGAUGCGCAUUUAAUGUGCUAAACUGACACGCUUUUAGCACUUACAGUGCGUCCUUUGCGUAAGUACACUUUUCAUUGGUAAUGAUGGCCUCAUACUUGGCACUUUUAUGCUUGAUUGCCUGAUGGAUGGUAAAGUGCCACCGUGUGUGCUGUUGUCGUGUGUACUGGGUGGAGGCAACAUGCUGAGGGCAACUUGGGAGAUCGAAGAAUCGAAGAAAUCGAAGAGAUCGAACGUUGGAUUAAUAUCAGUUACAUAUAUGCUUUCAUAAAAUUUGUAAAUAUUUAGCAUUUAAGUGAAUGUUAAGAUUUUAUUUUAUUUUUUUAUGGAUAUACACUUUUUCGUUAAUGCUUUUAUGGGUUGGAAAGAGCUAGAUUCCUUCUUUGUCUAUUUGUCUAAAUGUAGUACAUAUGAGAAGAAAAGGAUUAUGGGUUCUUUCUGUCUUUUUAUUUUAAGCAGCAAUCAAAAGUGAUGUAGUUUUAAGAGGAUUUCAGAGAUGAUUUGUUGAAAGCAUUUUUAAAUUUAAAUUAUAAAUCCAUUUGAUUUAUAUAUACUUUAAUACAUAUUUAGUUCUUAUGUUGAAGAUAUAGUUCAAUAUAGUAAUUUUGUUUUUGAUCUACAAUUUUUUUUAUGCCGCAAACUCCGUGCCAUUUGUUCAGAUAUAAAAACAACAACAAAGAGAACAGUAACAAUCAACA